UUUUGGCAAAUCACACACACACACGAACACCAAAAAGGCUGUUCCGUUUGUUACCUUUUCACACUUUUCUGUCGCUGCGAAAAAAAUCCAAUUGGAUUUUAACAAUUUACACACAAUAUUAAAAAUUGCACUUUUUAUAUUUACAUUAAAUAAACUUCGUUUGUAUCGAAGUGCAAACAAAAGAAUAAACUUUAAUUGUUACAACAAUUAUUUAUUGUUUGACAAAAAAAUUUACAUAUAUUUUUUUCUUGUUGUAUAUACACAAGUAAAAAUAUUUAAUGUAUGUAUUAUUAUUGUUGUAGACAACAACAUAAUUUAUCUUUCUUUUUUUUCUUCAACUAUCCGGUAUAAUCGUCUGCACUCGGCGUUUUAAAAAACAAAACUGAAGCAGAAUAUUAAAUAAUUCUCUGAGUGUGUGUGUGCAGAAAUUCAAAGUGUAAGCUUCAAGGUUGUUUAAUUUAGUAGCAAAUGUACUUAUGACAACAGUACAUUGCCAAACAAAAGCGUAAUCUGCUUGUUACACUCUUGUCAUGCUAUCAAAUCCUACUAAAAACGGAACAUGUCCGACAUAUUUGAGAGAAUUGGCCAACCAACAAACCCUUUUCAUAUACUGCAUUACCACCAAUUCAGUUCCUGUGACUAUGUGCCUCAAAUGUAAAAAUGCUCACGAUGGUGUAUUACAUGCCUAUGAUCUCUUGUCAGCAAAUUGUGAAAGUAUGUAUUUCGAUAAGGAUCGUAUUAAUUUAGUGGCUUCCACAGAAAUAUUACUAACGGGACUCUGGACAAAAGCGUAUUGUGACGAUUGUUUCAACAAUAAUAAUAGCUUUGUAUUUUACGAAAAAAAUCAAGUUUUUAAUGAUUGUUAUCAAAAAUAUAAGAAAAAUCCUUGUGAAAAGUGUAAAAGUCAAUAUAUGGAUUUAAAUACUUUCUAUAUCAAUUUGGAUCAACAUAAUAAUGGAGAAGUUUGCUUUGAUUUACAAGACUCAAUGAAUCGUACACGUAAUAUGUGGUCGAAAGAAUUGCAUUGUUGUCAUCGUGAUUAUAAUGUUACAUUAUUUACAAUUGCUUUGGGUAUAAUUUUAUUUUUACCGUUACUAUUUUAUUCCUCUACAUACUUGAUAACCAAACGCCAAGAACGUAAUCAUGAUGUUUUAAAUGAUGAUGAACCCAUAUACAAUUCAUCAUUACCAUCUACAUCUAGCCGAGCUAAUAACUUGAAUAAUAUCAACAAUCCACCUAAUACACUAAGCAACAAUCAUGCCUCUUCUUCAUCAGGCAGCACAACAAACUCUGCUGUAAUUUCAAAACCCUCGAAUAAAAUAAAUUUCAAUAUUUUAAAUGAAGAUUCAGAAAGUUCUGAUGAUGAAAUCAUUCUUAAAACUAAAGAUAAAUUAAAAUAAUCAUUUAACAAAGAAGUGUUUGUUUUUUUUAAUUACAAAUUUUUUUAUUGAUAUAAAAUUAUUUGGCGUUAUUAAACAUAAUUUAAGUUGUAUAAAAUAAAUUAUAUAAAAAU